ACGCUGCUGGGCGAGUGUGUUUGGUGACGGUGGCUAAACGAACAGCACGAGCUUCCCGCAGAGGUUGUCACCCUUUAAGUUGAAGGGAAAAACAGCCCAGCUGGGGCAGUGGAAAAUCACCGUUUUCCAUCACUAUCACGGCUUGCUGCCUGUGCGUAUCCCUUCUGCACUGUAGGGAAAAUGGUGAACCGUCAGUUUCCAAUCACGUUGUUCCACGUUUUGUGAGAGAAGCAAACGGCAUCACUAAUUAGGGCAUCCCCGUUUGUGUGCGUGUGUGUAGCUGUGUGCCUGUAUUUUUCCUUCUUUUUGUGAAUUAGCGGAAAAAUUAGCAAAUCUGUGAGAUUUAAACAUCGAAAGCGGAGAAAAAGGGAAAAUGUGUACGUGAGAGAAGGCGCUAGUCCUGGUGACCCCCAGGGGGUAGGCGGCCCCCAAGAUGCUGCCGCUCAACGCUCGGGCCACAACACGAUGACGGCUGAUGACGACUGAUGACGGGGUAGCGUAUGUAAUUUGUGGAGAAAUUGUGCAAGGCCCCGAAUGGUGUAGUUAGUUCGCCGUCGUAUGAGUGUGUGUGUGCGUGCGGUGGUGGUUGGAGGAAGGUUCGCGAAAGUCAAUUUUGAUUUGUUUGAAGCACGCGGGGAGCGGCCACCACAACAGGAGCGAUUAUUAGCCAACGAUAGACACUGCGGGGAGAAUCGAAUUAGAUUUACGUGGUGAGAGAGAGAGAGGUGUGUGUGUUUUCAUGUGCGGGGAGAGGGUGUAGGGGUUUUAAACUGAGCAAAGCAAAAGAGCGUUAGCGAGAAACAACGGAAGCAAACAUGUUUAGCUGUCUUUGGCAAUUAUGGGAUUGGAUUGAUCCACCCACGUUCACGACGAUGGAGAGCAAAAAGCUGCAGCAGCUGCAGCAGGCCAACUCACACCUGGCGCCGAUGCCGCAGAUGAAGCCACCGCAGCAGGGCGGUGGCGGCUACCAGCACGGGUACGAUUACGGCGCCACCGGACCGGCACCGGGCCGAUCGGCCAUGUUUCCCGCCCAGUACCAGAGCUACGGCCAGCCGCAUCCGUCGGCGUCGUCGCUCCGGUCCCCUUACUCGACCGGCAGCCCCAAAUCUUCGCUCAGCACCAACAGCGGCGCACUGUACGGCGCCACGGACGGGGCUGACCUCUCGUCGGCCAGCGGGGCGGCCCAAUCCGGGUAUCACCUGCACCCGGCGCACCAUCAGCAACAACAACAACAGCAAGGUUUGCUGCACGCCCAGCAUCAACAGUAUCGCAGCAACACGCUCGGGCCCGGCGGCAGCGGUAGCUAUGGAUACGAUCAGCAACAGCAACAUCAGCUGUACCGCGUUAGCUCCCCAUCGAGCGGUAGUGGUGGAGAGCGGGAGCGGCUGUACCAGACCGCUCCGCUGGUACGGUCUGCUGGCGGUGGCGGCCCGGGUAGCAGUGGCGUCGGCACGCCCCACUCGGUGACCUCGGGCUCGACGGCCCACAACGCACCCAUGUCCAAGCUGGAGCUGCAGUUCCAGCAGCUGCAGCGGGAGAAGAUCCAGCAGCAGAUCAAAACGGCCACGGAAGCGAUCGCGCACCAGCAGCAAACGUUCGCACUGCGGCAGCAGCUCAACCCGCCCGUGCCGAACUACCAUCUGAAGCAGAACCUGCUCCAGAAUCUAUCCCAGCAUCAUCAGCAGCAGAUUCAGCAGCAGCAGCAGCACCAUCAGCAGCAGCAACAACAGCAGCAGCAACAGUUGCAGGUACACAAACAUCCACAAUAUCCUUCACAAGCGCAGCAGCAGCAACAGCAGAAGCAGUUAGCUCAGCAGCAGAAGCAACAGCAAAUGCAAAAACAGCAACAACAGCAAAUGCAACACGCAAUGAAGCAACAGCAGCAACAGCAGCAACAACAACAACAACGAUAUGCAGCGAACGGCAGUGGUUCACAGCAUCGAAACGCGCCACCAUCGAGCUUGAAUCUGCAGAACCACUGCCAGCCGGCUGCCAGCGAAACCGACAAGAUGAUGCGCUCCCACGUCCCAUCCUACCAGGGCACGCUGGAUUCCGGUGCCGCAGGAGGUGCCGGUGGUGCGUACGGAGAGGAGGGAGAAUCGCUGUACCUGCAGCGAGCCGGCUAUCAGCAGCAUGCGGGGAUGGCCAACUCGCCGCCCGGCGGUGCCGGUAGCGAAAUUAUCAUUCAGCAGAACAUUCCCGGGCAGGUGGUGAACCAAGCCUGCCAGACGCAGAUCAGCUCGAUGGUGCUGGCGGGCAGUAGUAACGCAGCCGGGCAGCAGCAGCAGCAGCAGCAGCAGAUGAAAUCCUCCCCCUCGGACACGCUGUCCAGCCCGUCGCACGAUUCGAGCGAGCGGAAGCGCAGCGCGGGAGGCCAGCAGCAUACGCUCAAGUCGCCCGUCACGCGGCGACCCGCCAACGCGCCCGUUGCGCUGGCCGGCUGGCUGUACAAGCAGGGCUCGGACGGGCUGAAGGUGUGGCGCCGGCGCUGGUUCGUCCUGUCCGAGUACGUGCUGUACUACUACAAGGGGCAGGAGGAGGAGAAGCUGCUCGGCACGGUGCUGCUGCCGUCGUACAAGGUGUCCGCCUGCUUCCCCGAGGACAAGAUCUAUCGCAAGUUUGCGUUCAAGUGCGAGCACGCCAACAUGCGCACGUUCGUGUUUGCGGCGGAGAGCGGCGAAUCGAUGAGCCAGUGGGUGAGGGCGCUGACACUGGCCACGAUGAUGAUACAGCCGGCGGGGGCGGAACAGGAGGAAAGUCUCUCCCAGCAGCAGCAGCAGCAGCAGCAGCAGUACAGCAGUGGCAAAGCGGGCGGUACUGGGACGGAGCUGCUGUCGAGUGAUUCGAGCGGUGGGCCUCAGUCGCACGGGUCAAACGAUACGAUGAAACUGAUCCAGCAAGCGAGUGGGAAUGGCAGUAGCAGCAGCAGUGGUGGUGGUGGUGGAGGUGUGUCUGCACUCAACGAUAGCAUGUCCAUGCCGCAACCGCUGUACGCCAAUGCUCCACCGAAGCCGAGACGCGUCAACGAUGGCGGCUACUCUUCGCCCAGCCCCGAACAUACGAUGCUGCACGAUCGGUACGAUCAAAUGGUGCAGCAGCAGCAGAUGCUUGCCACCGGAGGACCAUUCCCCCCGGGGGCAGUGGGGGGUGGUUCGGGCCCGCCGAACGGGGGCAUGGUACUGGGUAGCAGUCGAACACCAGCCGCACUAACGGCCCAUGCGAUCUACGGCGAUCCGAAGCGAAUCGAACGCGACCUGUACAUUCAGAAGCUGAUCGAGCAGCAGCAGCAGCAGCAGCAGAAAUUGAACGCUUCCAAGCAGCAACAGCAGCAGCAACAACAACAGCAACAGCAGGGAAUGCAGUCCUCUCCCAUGCACGGUGGUGGGGUACUGCGUAGCGGUGGUGGUGCCGGAACGAAUCCCUUCCUGUACCCCAGCAACGAUCGCCGGACGCCGGACACGUACGGGCCGCCCAACUCGGCGAUCGAUCCCAAGCACAUGUCCGACUAUGAGGACAUCUACAACCUAACGAUGCUGUCCAAGUCGCUGCCGGCGAACGCGAUGGAAGCGGCGGCGGGAGGAGGGGGUGUGCCAGCCGGCGGGACAACCUACAAACGGCCGUCCAGCCCGCUGCGCUACGAAGGCAAUGGAGCGUUUCCGGCGUACAUGGGCGCCGCAAUCUACAAUGCCGGCCAAUUUGAGCAUCAGUCACCGGGAGCUGCCGGUCAACAUCCCCAGCACGCCCAGAUGCGUGCACGACCCAUUCCACCGAGCAUUCCGCGGCCACAUUCUGCAGACUUUCUGGACUACGAAGCGCGCCAUCCAAUGAACCAAGCAGCCGGCGGUGUGACCGAUGAGCCAAGCCCUGUCCAUCGCACCCCACGGCCCAAAUCGAGCCUAGACAUCAACCGAACGCCCGAUCACUACUACUAUUCCGAGGCCAGCUAUGCCGAGAAGAUGCGCCUGCAAAGCGCUUCCUACCUGCAGCGGACAAACAACCCGGGAGCUGGGGCGUCGCGCAAACAACGAUCCGAUGAUAUGCAAGGAUUGUUUGUCAGCGGUACGAUGCCCCGGGAUGGACUGUACCGGAGCGGCAGUGGUAAAAUCAUGCAGCUGCAAGCAUCUGGCCAGCAGGGUGAAGAUUAUCCGCACGGUGGCUCGCAAAGUAUGCCCCGGCCGUCCGCUACCGACCAUCGGACCGGUGGCACCGGUCAGGGCCGUCCCACCGUCAGCAGCUUAAAGAAGCAGGGCACCGCCCAGCAGCAGCAGGAACAGUUUGCCCGUUCGGCGAGUGCCCGGUUGCCCCGCAAGGAGGAAGACUCGUCGCUGCGAGACGGCGAACGCAAGCGGGAAGAAUCCAUGAAGCGACUGCUCGAGUGGAAGCAGCGCAUGCUGCAAUCGCCGCUGACGAAGAAAAUCGCCAGCCAGCACGCGGCAACGAUGGCAUCGGCCGAAUCGCUCAAUCGUGGCUCCAAUGCAAGCGUUGGUGGUGCCGAUCGACGCAACGAGGACAUCUACGGUCUGAAGGCAGACGCUGAGGCCCUACUGCGCGGGGACUACUACGCAUCGAGCUACGAACGCCAGUCGGUGGGUGAUCUGACGGCCCUAAGCUCGGUGACGGCCGCCAGAAAGCAUGGGGGCAGUGCGGUCAACAUUGCGCAAGCGUCCUCGUCGGCGUUCGGCAGCCAGAUGAAGCUGAACGGUGACUACAACAGCUACUCGUCGGACGAUGAAGAUGGAAGAAAUUUUACGCCGGCAGGAAGGUCAUCCCCACUACUACUACCACCACUCGCUAGUACCGCUUCCGCGCAAGAGGUAGCGGACGAAGCACCACAACCACCACAACCACCACACAAUUUAACACCACACACCCCACCCCACUGCCACCAGUUUAGGGAAUUUCCACCGGCUGGCAGCAGCACCACUGACAAUAACAACAGUACGAUGCACGCAUUAACGCAAUCUUUUUACGCCGACCCGGCCGGCACUGGUGGCGGUGAGGGUAAUGCAAGGAGGAUGCUCCGCAAGGACGAUGGCACGGACCGAAACGGUCCACCGAUCGCGCAGGAGGUCGAGCAGGGCCAAUCGGCAGGACUGGAGACGAUGAUUGAGCGACAGGCUGAGGCAGAACAGACUGUUAAUGUUGUUGAUGAUGAUGAUGAUGAUGGGGUGUAUGAGGAUAGUUUAGUGAAUCACGCAAGCGUUAGCGCCAGUCCCAACCUCAGCGUGGACGCGAAUGUAUAUGAAAAUAGUUUUAUCAAAGCGCCAAAUGAGCACAAGAGCGUGGAGAGGGAUUUAGAGCAAUCGAAACAGUUCAGCGAUAGGGGCGGGUUACUUCGUCCCGCCACAAAUAACCACAGCAGCGAUAGCAGUAACCAGCUGCCAAGUGAUAAAGGUAGUGGUAGUAGUGUGAUAAAUGGUAGUGGGAACAGUAACCCGUCGCUUGACGACAACCCGUUGCACAUAAUGGAAAAGGGAGGUUCGUCGUCUAAUCAGCACGAUCAGCAAUUACAGUCGUACGUUCCAGUUUACAAGCACAGCAUAACGUCGCUGGGCAUUAAAAGCUUACAUUCCGGUUCGGUGAACGUUUCCAGUGGAGCAACUGGUAUGGAGGGGUUCAAGGGGGUGUCCACUCCAACUAGGAGCGAGUCUUUGAGAGAAAAGGACUUGACGGAGCACGGCAGUGAAAAUUAUUCCGACCAAGAAGACAUCGAGAAAGGUGCAGACGACGGAGAGGACAUCUUUGAGUACACGGACGAAGAUCUGGACGAAGCGCUGCAGCAAGCUGAACAGCCGGAGCCGGAACUGUCGUCCAAAGGCAACCCGUCCGCCGCCGAGCUGCUGAGCCGCCGGGCGCUGGACGACGAACUUUCCCUGCAAAUAAUGGAAGGGCACUAUAUGCCGAUGACGCCGCGCAGGACCGUAAUCAGCUCGGCAAGCAGCUGCACAACGCUUUCGCUCAUGAACGCGUCCAGCAGCAACACGGCGGUUGGCGGAAAGUUACGACCCUGCGAAAGCCUGACCGCGAUGGACAUUCUCGACUCGAUACAGAAAGGCAACGGAGAGAUGCAGAUAUGCAACGCGUACGACGAAAGCACGUACAUCGAGAUGACCAAGGGAACGCACGGGAAGAGCGUGUUUGCCACGGCGGACGAGCUGCGGGGAACGACGUACGAGAUGAUCAUGGUGCGUACGGAUCCCGCGUCCCGAUCGGCUUCGGGGAAGGGGGGGAGUGGCGGCAAGGCCGGUGAGUUUGGGCAGGGGAAAAAUGGGCCUCCGCCGCCGCCGCCGCCGGUCGAUUCGGAACCACUGUACAUGGAGCUGUCGCAACUGCACAGUAACAUCAAUGCGCUAAAGGACACGAACCGGGCGCUGGCAGACGAAGCUACGCAAAGGGAUGCAAAGAAGCAGGACAGUGUGAAGGGCGGGCCUGAGGGGGGCCAAACAAAGAUACUAACGGGCGGCGGGACGGAAAGUACGAUCGAAUUCGGUGGCGAAAAGACGAGCACAGUGGUGCGGAUGAAAAACGCAAUGACCGGCGGUGGUAAUACCGCCGGUAGUGGCGGCGGCGUUGGUGGUAACAAGAAGAAGAAAAAGGAUAAAAACUGGCCCGACAUCGUGAUGCAGUCGAGCAAGCCGGAUGACAGUGACAGUGAAUCGGACACGGCCGGUGGUGGUGACAAGGUGACGGAUGACUGUAAGCGCAUCGCCAAAAAGAAGCACGGUGGCAAAGAGAAGAAGCACCUAGCGACAACGCACAGUGCCGAGCUGCAGAGCAAAACGAUGGCCCGGUCGCGAUUCAGCCUGUCCGACACCUUCCGGCCGGCGUCCUACUAUUUGGGGGCCAGUGGCAGUAGCAACAACACUCCGUUCGGUCUUCACGGUGGUGGGGCGGGCGACGGCACGUUUGACAGCUUGCUGGACAGUUCCGACAGUGACAUCGUAUCUCCGCCUCCGAUACCGAUCACUUCACUACCGCUUGAUGAACCCGAUGGUACUGGUGGUGGUGGUGGAGAUGAAGAGAGAGUAGGGUUGCUAGGACCGGGCAUCGAUUUCGCCCGGUACGCCGACCGGGAACGGUUUCGCUCGAGCGAAGCGAUCGAUCUAAUUAGAAACCAUCACGCCGCGCAGCAGGAGAAGCGACAGUCGGUGCAAAGCUUGGUCGCGGGUACGUCCAGCGGUGGCCAGUCGUUGGCCGGCUCGAUGAACCUUUCGUACGGGAUGCGGCGCGAAAGUGGCAGCAUCUCUUCCAACCGGUCCAGUUUGCGCAGCAGCUCGCAGGGUCUUUUUACUAGCAGUGGCGCUGCUGGUAAGCCUGGGCGCGAUUCACUAGCGGGUAGCGGAGCGGACCGGUAUGACGGUGUGUCGCAUGCGUCUUCCGAGUAUGAGCUGCUGCUGCGGGAAACCGGAGCGAACGGAGGACGAACGACGACGAUGGGAGCGAACAGGGAUAAUAGCGCGUCUGCCCGCAGCUCGAUCACGCUGUCCGAAACGAGCGGGUCCAUCGAGUGGAGAAGCCGAUCGUGCAUGGAUGUGUCGAUGCGGAACAAACGGCGACCGAUAUCGGGCAGUUCCAUCAACUGCCCGAUCGAGCUGGCAUUGGAUGGUUGCGAAAUUGCCAGCGCUGAGGUCGAUCGCUACUCGCACAGCGUUGGCGGAGGAGGAGGCGGAGGAGCUGAGAUGAACAGCAACUCGUCCAACUUUUCGCAGAACGGGCACGACAACAGCAUCUACUACGAGAAUGUCGACAUGCCGGGUCCGCCUCCGCACGGGUCGUCCGAAUCGAUCGGGCGCACCAGCUCGUCCGGUCCGAUUCUCAGCCCGCUGAGGGAGAAAAACCUCUCGCUGCACGAUGCCCGCUGCCAGUCGGAGUACCUCGGCACGGUGCUGGAGGGCCACAGUCUGGACGUGGAGAAUGCUUCCCUUUCGUCGUCGGCCCUCGAUCCGGACCAGCAAAGCUCGUGCACACUGCGCGGUGAUUAUGAGCGGGCGAAUCAGUGCAACAGGACGAUUACGCCGAUCGAGGAGGGUGGCGUGGCGCAACCACUACACAGCCGCAACAACAGUACACUGUCGUCGGAGGGAGCACCGUACUACUACUCCGAUCUGCAGGCAAGGGUAGGAUCACGCGAGGACGAUCGAGUCGCGCAGCAGCACAGCCGUCAGCUGAGCAGUGAACGAUGUGGAGGACCGAUGGCGACGAUCACCCAACCAGGCGACACGUUGAACAAUCAGCGCGAUCCGGGCGGGUUGCGCAAACCGACGACGGGUAGCAUUUUUCACAUCCACAAUCCGCUAAACAACACGCUCAAGGCGGCCAACCUGUUGCUGCACGCGUCCGCCACCGAGAAGCACGCGGAUAUCGAUCGGAAAAACAUCUACGAAUCCGACCGGAUCGGGCAGAAGGACGUGAACAAAACGAUCGCUGCGUCGCUGGCGGCGGGCGGCAGUAGAGCGGUGGCUGGCAGAUCGGGUUCAUCGUUAUCGAUGGCCACCUCGAAGGAUGGCAGUGCGGUGAACGUACGGCAGUCGACUGGUUCGUUGGGUGGUGGUUAUACAGGUGUCGUCGGUGGAGAUGGUGGUGCGUAUUCCGCCGGCAAUGGUGAUCCUGCUGCAGGAUGUAGUAGCAGCAGCAGAAGAGACAGUGUGCAGAUGCAACAAAUGCUUGAUACGUCCGGAGGUAACAUCUCGUCCGGAGAUCAGCUCUGGGAGGAAGACACCCUUUGGCGGGAUAACUUGCGCCGCGUGUCGCACAUUCAUGCCAAAUCGAUGGACAAUCUUGAUCAUCUCGGUACGAUCAGGUCACCAUCGUCUGCUGCUCUGCUGGUGAAAACGAUCAACCAACAGCAGCAGCAGCAGCAGGAACAGCGGGAAAUGCAGGAACAAAGGUUGCGUGACGCACACCAGGACGCUGCCCACGGUGAAGAGACGAACCCCAAACCAAUCGUUAAGAUCAAUCGGAAGGAUGUGACGUAUGUUAACGAGCAUCUAGCACAUCUGCCAGUGUCGAAAGCAGUAUUCGGCGAACAAUCAUUAUCGGCUGCUGCGGUUGCUAACAAAUCCAUCUUACGCACUCCCUUAGCAAUUGAAGAAGGAGCGGGUGGCAAUGGGGACGAUGAUGAUGUGUAUGUGCAGCUUGCCAGCAACGUGUCCUCCUCCGGUACGAUCGUACGGGACGGUCGGUGGUCCUCGUCCAGCGGGCGUGACUCGGAUGCGGUGUACGAGGUGCUGCGCGACGAAAUCAACCGCUACGACAUCAAUCGCGAAACGAUACGCCAGUGGGAUUUGAUGUCUAGCGGGCUGGUCAAUAGUAGCAAUUCAGCGGGCGGCAGCACUUCCAGAUCUGGUGGAAAUAACAGCAGUGAAACGUACCACCAAAAACCGUUGUCUGCUGGUAAUGGUGGCAUCUCUGGCAAACCGAACGCUCAACAGCCUGCCAUGGAGGGUGCAGGUGAUGCCAUAACGUUGCCCAGCGCCGACACUAGAUCACUUGCGGCGAAACAAUAUUACUUAGAGGCGUGUGAAAAACCCCACGACGUUAUGUCUGUGAGCAGUCUGAACAGUGGCAAGCACAGUAUGGAAGACAGUAAGCGAAAGAUGGAAACGUUGAGAGAUAAAUAUAAUUUGGACAGUGGCAAACACGUGAACGGUCGAAUAGAGGACGGAAGAGGAGUAAUGCAUUUAGAAGACAGUUUGAAUGUUAGAAAAAACCAAUAGGAAAAAUGAGGAAUUAAUCGGAUAGCUGAAACAAAAGCCAAAAUCGUGUAAAUAGUGUUAAACCUAACAAGCGAAUAUGCUGCACACUUUUUCACACUCGAUUACAAUAACAAUUUUUGUAUUAUUGUACGCAUAAAAUAUUGGAUGCAAGAUAUUGUUAAUUCUACCAUGUACAGUAUAUUUUUCAUAUUAGAUGUAAUUACAUUCCAAUAGGAAUUGUGCGGUUGCGGUAAUGUGCGAGAACCUCCGUUUACAAGGUGACACAUGAAAUUGAAUAAGAUAAGUUGGAUAAUAGCGCAUUUAUAUUUUCCCUCGGUUAUUAUUGAUGUAAAGUCUGUGCAGACACAUAUUGCAAAUAUUGUAAAUAUAUAUACAUGUAAAAACAA